CUCCUCCCCCUCCCCCCAAACCAGUCCAGCUCACCCCGCCUACCUCCUUCGAUCCCAGGCUGAACACCAUCACCUUUGCAUCCCGCUUUAGCCCCCAUCAUGUCUACCUUCACGCCAGCUCCCAUGCCAUCCGCCUUGACCUUUGAGUUGGACGCGCGUUGCUCUGUAAGAUGCCUCCUAGUCCCUCCGUUUCAAGCGCAUAAAACUCAUAGUGACCAUUCAAGUUCAGACCACCAAGGCGCGCGCUGCCACCCUCACACUCCCACACGGCCCAGUCCAGCUUCCCUUGUUUAUGCCGGUUGCAACUCAAGCAUCACUCAAAGGACUGACACCCGAACAAUUGGAGGCUACCGGUUGUCGAUUAUGUCUAAACAAUACAUACCAUUUGGGGCUGAAGCCUGGACAGGAGGUUCUGGAAAAAGUCGGCGGAGCGCAUAAACUACAAGGAUGGAAGCACAAUCUUCUUACCGAUAGUGGAGGGUAUGUUCAGUUUAUAUCACCUCUACCAUAUUCCUUCUCUUGAGUCUCACUGUAUACGCCAGGUUCCAGAUGGUCAGUCUCCUCAAAUUAGCAAAUAUCACAGAAGAUGGCGUUCGGUUUCUCAGUCCUCAUGAUGGCUCCCCUAUGCUCCUCACCCCCGAACACUCCAUCAGUUUGCAAAACACAAUAGGAAGCGAUAUUAUAAUGCAACUCGAUGAUGUCCUGGUUACAACCUCGCCGGAUGCCGCAAGGAUGAGAGAGGCCAUGUUAAGAAGUGUACGUUGGCUCGACCGUUGUAUCGCAGCACACGCGAACCCAACCACACAAAAUUUGUUUUGCAUCAUACAAGGAGGGCUUGACCUGGAAAUGCGGAAAGAAUGCUGCGAGGAAAUGGUUGCACGAAACACACCCGGGAUCGCCAUUGGAGGGUUGAGUGGUGGAGAAGCAAAGGCCGAUUACUGUAAAGUGGUCAAUACCUGUACAGGACUGCUGCCAGAAUUGAAGCCAAGGUAUGUUAUGGGAAUUGGAUAUCCAGAGGACUUGGUGGUCAGUGUUGCUCUCGGGGCCGACAUGUUUGAUUGCGUUUGGCCGACUCGUACGGCAAGAUUCGGAAACGCCAUUACGAAGCACGGAGUCCUAAACCUGCGAAACGCAAAAUAUGCGAGCGACUUCGGACCAUUAGAAGAUGGGUGCGAUUGUUUAUGCUGCCGGAGAGGGGAUGGUGGUUUGAACGUUACCAGGGCUUUCAUCAAUCAUAUCGCAGGCAAAGAAACCGUCGGAGCUCAUCUUCUCACGAUGCACAAUGUUUGGUAUCAGUUGGAGUUGAUGCGAAAUGUUCGGAAAGCGAUUAUCGAAGAUAGGUAUCCUGAAUUCCUGAAGCAGUUCUUCAAGGAUUUACAUACAGAUAAAGCGAAAUAUCCCGUCUGGACGGUCGAUGCGCUCAGGAUGGUAGGUGUUGACUUGAUGGAGUAGGUUCAGGGAGUGCUAUUCUGAAGCGAUAUACCUCUAUAGAAGUCUUGACAAGAUGGGUUAUAGUACCAACCCUUCAAACAGUAAGUCGAUCCCUGUCAAUCAACCGGGUGACGUCUACGGCCAAGCUGUCAGCCAAGCUGUCAACUUUCAGCUCCAAACGAGAAAGCGGGCAGAAAACGUGUAGCUUCUCAUCGUGCUUAUGUGCCCCCAAAUUACGAUGUGCUACAAAAACUGUCUUGUGAGACUUGGGACGAAACUGGUAGUAGCUGCGAUCUUAGAGGCAUAGGGGUUUGCCUUAAUAUAUACAAGUUCUUGAAAUUGGCCGUUCUACUACGAUAAUUGGCACUCUUUUAAUAUCUGUCACCAUAUUAUGGUACCUUUCGCUUAAAUCAGUGGAGUGUAUAGGUAGGUACUCUAUUCUUUAGCGUACACCAGAACUUACCCAGCUUUAACUAGUAAAGGUUAACUUGAC